AUGGAUGGGUAUGGGUACAGAGCUGAAGGAUGCUUUCGAAACGUGUUCCGUUCAUUUGUCUGUGUCGCGCUAUCACUGUUGCUGGGUCUACACAUCUACGCAUAUUUCUGGGGUCCUACACAAGAAACCUUGGAUGGAGACUUCUCUGACAUCAAAUACGUCGUUAUGCAGCUGACAAGAGGACUUUCCGAGGUAAAUCGCAAGCAUGAGCGUCUACAAACUGAGAUGGAGCGCAUCUCAUCAGUCCUGCCAGCAGUGGCGGCAGCAGCCGGGCGCGCUAAGGAGGCGCUCGUAGAUCCCGUCUUGCGAAUGCGCAAUAAUCGCCAGAUUGGAGAUGCACCUGAUUAUGAUAGACAGUUAGCAGACUACGCCCUCGAAUCAGCUGGUGCCAGAGUGCUGGACACAGGGGACACCGUGGAGCAUGUGAUAUACGAGUCGCCAAUAGGCUGGGCGCUCCACAUGCUGACCGCAUGGGUGUGUCGCGAGUGCCUCGGCGCCCGCGCCAUGAUCCGUCCUGGCACGCUGCCCGGCGAGUGCUGGGCCUUCAAGGGCUCGAGAGGAGAAGCCACCAUACGACUGCUGGGCACCGUCCGAAUAACUGGAGUCAGCGUUGAACAUAUACCGCCGCAUAUUUCUCCCACUAGAGAAAUAUCAUCAGCUCCACGCCUAGUCCAAGUGGAAGGACUAGAAAAUCGCUUCGAUCCGUACCCUCACGACUAUGGCAGUUUCGAGUACGACAGGGAUGGUAAACCUAUCCAGUACUUUGACGUUUUAUUUCCAAGUCUUAAAGGCCAUAACAUCCUCAGGAUACGGGUGCUUUCGAACUGGGGCCAUCCUGUGUAUACGUGUGUGUAUCGGGUGAGGGUUCAUGGUGAUCUGGCGAAUAACCCGAGGGUUGCGGUCGCUGAUGAUGGUGAUGCUCGGAUAGAAAAUGAGUAGAUACGUUUUCUUUUUAAUUGAUAUGGAUAAAUAGAUUGAGUUGGUUGCGUGACACAAAGUAUGAGAAGUAGCUUGUGGUUUGAACCUUUGGCUUGUACCGUACACACGAGUUCAUAUAAUUAUAUAGGUAUGUAUAAUGUACCUACCUACUAUCCACAUUGGUUUCGCAAAUGGAAAAAGCUCUAUGUAGGGUCAGUGUGUCUCUUUACUGUGCCCCUGAAAAAUCAUGUUCUUAAUACAUUCUAAAACUAUAUAUUUUAGGUAUUUAGUUUAAUGUUACCUAGUUAUUGUUAUGUAUUGUCCUUAUCAUAAAUAAUUUAACUAAAACGUAUAAAUCUGAAUUAUUUGAUAAAUCUAAAUAAAGCUACUUAUGUUACUA